AUGACGAUUUCCUUCUUUCUCUCUUUGUCUGUUUCUUUCUCUCUCUCUCUCUCUCCCUCUCUCUCUCCUUUCAUUCAUCUCUGUGUUUCAGCCUUUCAUUCCUUCCUGCGUUUCAGCCUUUCAUCCAUCACUGUGUUUAACACUUUCAUUCAUUCCUGCGUCUCAUCUUUUCAUUCCUUCCAGCGUUUCAGCCUUUCAUCCAGCCCUGCGUUUAACACUUUCAUUCAUUCCUGCGUCUCAUCUUUUCAUUCCUUCCUGCGUUUCAGCCUUUCAUCCAUCCCUGCGUUUAACCUUUUCAUUCAUUACUGCGUCUCGUCUUUUCAUUCUUUCCUGCAUUUCAGCCUUUCAUCCAUCCCUGCGUUUAACACUUUCAUUCAUUCCUGCGUCUCGUCUUUUCAUUCCUUCCUGCGUUUCAGCCUUUCAUCCAUCCCUGCAUUUAACACUUUCAUUCAUUCCUGCGUCUCAUCUUUUCAUUCCUUCCUGCGUUUCAGCCUUUCAUCCAUCCCUGCGUUUAACACUUUCAUUCAUUCCUGCGUCUCAUCUUUUCAUUCCUUCCUGCGUUUCAGCCUUUCAUCCAUCCCUGCGUUUAACACUUUCAUUCAUUCCUGCGUCUCGUCUUUUCAUUCCUUCCUGCAUUUCAGCCUUUCAUCCAUCCCUGCGUUUAACACUUUCAUUCAUUCCUGCGUCUCGUCUUUUCAUUCCUUCCUGCGUUUCAGCCUUUCAUCCAUCCCUGCGUUUAACACUUUCAUUCAUUCAUGCGUCUCAUCUUUUCAUUCCUUCCUGCGUUUCAGCCUUUCAUCCAUCCCUGCAUUUAACACUUUCAUUCAUUCCUGCGUCUCAUCUUUUCAUUCCUUCCUGCGUUUCAGCCUUUCAUCCAUCCCUGCAUUUAACACUUUCAUUCAUUCCAGCGUCUCAUCUUUUCAUUCCUUCCUGCGUUUCAGCCUUUCAUCCAUCCCUGUGUUUAACACUUUCAUUCAUUCCUGCGUCUCAUCUUUUCAUUCCUUCCUGCGUUUCAGCCUUUCAUCCAUCCCUGCGUUUAACACUUUCAUUCAUUCCUGCGUCUCAUCUUUUCAUUCCUUCCUGCGUUUCAGCCUUUCAUCCAGCACUGCGUUUAACACUUUCAUUCAUUCCUGCGUCUCAUCUUUUCAUUCCUUCCAGCGUUUCAGCCUUUCAUCCAUCCCUGCGUUUAACACUUUCAUUCAUUCCUGCGUCUCAUCUUUUCAUUCCUUCCUGCGUUUCAGCCUUUCAUCCAUCCCUGCGUUUAACACUUUCAUUCAUUCCUGCGUCUCAUCUUUUCAUUCCUUCCUGCGUUUCAGCCUUUCAUCCAUCCCUGUGUUUAACACUUUCAUUCAUUCCUGCGUCUCAUCUUUUCAUUCCUUCCAGCGUUUCAGCCUUUCAUCCAGCCCUGCGUUUAACACUUUCAUUCAUUCCUGCGUCUCAUCUUUUCAUUCCUUCCUGCGUUUCAGCCUUUCAUCCAGCCCUGCGUUUAACACUUUCAUUCAUUCCUGCGUCUCGUCUUUUCAUUCCUUCCUGCGUUUCAGCCUUUCAUCCAUCCCUGCGUUUAACACUUUUAUUCAUUCCUGCGUCUCGUCUUUUCAUUCCUUCCUGCGUUUCAGCCUUUCAUCCAUCCCUGCGUUUAACACUUUCAUUCAUUCCUGCGUCUCAUCUUUUCAUUCCUUCCUGCGUUUCAGCUUUCAUCCAUCCCUGCGUUUAACACUUUCAUUCAUUCCUGCGUCUCAUCUUUUCAUUCCUUCCUGCGUUUCAGCCUUUCAUCCAUCCCUGCAUUUAACACUUUCAUUCAUUCCUGCGUCUCAUCUUUUCAUUCCUUCCUGCGUUUCAGCCUUUCAUCCAGACCUGUGUUUAACACUUUCAUUCAUUCCUGCGUCUCAUCUUUUCAUUCCUUCCUGCGUUUCAGCCUUUCAUCCAUUCCUGCGUUUAACACUUUCAUUCAUUCCUGCGUCUCAUCUUUUCAUUUCUUCCUGCGUUUCAGCCUUUCAUCCAUCCCUGCGUUUAACACUUUCAUUCAUUCCUGCGUCUCAUCUUUUCAUUCCUUCCUGCGUUUCAGCCUUUCAUCCAUCCCUGCGUUUAACACUUUCAUUCAUUCCUGCGUCUCAUCUUUUCCUUCCUUCCUGCGUUUCACGCUUUCAUCCAUACCUGCGUUUCACACUUUCAUUCAUUCCUGCGUCUCAUCUUUUCAUUCCUUCCUGCGUUUCAGCCUUUCAUCCAUCCCUGUGUUUAACACUUUCAUUCAUUCCUGCGUCUCAUCUUUUCAUUCCUUCCUGCGUUUCAGCCUUUCAUCCAUUCCUGCGUUUAACACUUUCAUUCAUUCCUGCGUCUCAUCUUUUCAUUCCUUCCUGCGUUUCAGCCUUUCAUCCAUCCCUGCGUUUAACACUUUCAUUCAUUCCUGCGUCUCAUCUUUUCAUUCCUUCCUGCGUUUCAGCCUUUCAUCCAUCCCUGCGUUUAACCCUUUCAUUCAUUCCUGCGUCUCAUCUUUUCAUUCCUUCCUGCGUUUCAGCCUUUCAUCCAUCCCUGCGUUUAACACUUUCAUUCAUUCCUGCGUCUCAUCUUUUCAUUCCUUCCUGCGUUUCAGCCUUUCAUCCAUUCCUGCGUUUAACACUUUCAUUCAUUCCUGCGUCUCAUCUUUUCAUUCCUUCCUGCGUUUCAGCCUUUCAUCCAUUCCUGCGUUUCAGCCUUUCAUUCAUUCGUACUUUUCUGGUUUCAUCCAUCCCUGCGUUUCAGCCGUUCAUUCAUCCCGACGUUUCAGCCUGUCAUUCUUUCCCUGCGUUCCAUACUAUCGUUUUUUUUCUGUUUGUCUCUCAAUUUCUCGCCAACCCCAUUUCUUACAACCUUCCUUCAUUACUUGAAGACUUAAAUUUUUCUUUCUUUCUUUCUUUCUUUCUUUCUUUCUUUCUUCAUUAA